AGGCGCAGACGUGAACGCCGGUGCUGCCACCUGACAGAACUCCGCGGCACCUCUCACACCUCGCGUCGGCUGCUACGCGACCAGACGUGUGGCGGCAGAAGGCAGCUACUGUAGCUGUUUAAUAGGGCGGAGCAUGCUGGCGCUGCUCUUGCUGACCAUAGCGACGAGUGUCAGGACGGCUGCCGGCUUGGAGUGUCCGCUGACGCCGAAGAACGUCAGCUGCAGCGACCAGAUGCCCCACUUGGAUCUCGACCCAGAAGACUGUAUUGUGGAAUACUACCUGAGGAACAGCAGUGAGUGCGCUGCCUUGGACCUGCGGGGCGAGAGCUGGGCGCGCCGCCUGGGCGCCGUGCGCAUGCGGCCCUACGUCUGGACGGACGACGAGGGCACGCCCGUCACCGCCUUCAACGUCAGCUUCCUGGACGUGCGCUGGAGCCGUGCUGUGCUGCGCUUCUCGUCGCUGGGCGGCGCGCCGGCCACCAACUUCUGCCGCGGGCUGCGGCUGUCGCAGCGAGCCCUCUCCGGCAGCGGGCGGCCGCCGCGCCUGCACUUCCACUGCCCGUGGUGCGGCUACGACUGCGAGGGCCGGGCCUUCAGCCUCGAGUACGCCGCCAGCGACGCCGACGGCCGCCACAGCGACUACGGCCGCUUCCUCUUCACCAUGCCGCCGCACAACUACGUAGAUGAGCCGCUGCUGCCGUUUUCGUACGUGGAGGUGUCUUCGCUGCCCACGGCGCACUUGCACUGGUCCCCGCCACCGCUGCCAUCGGCCGCGGCGGGCCUCUACUACAGCGUCGUGACGCUGGUGGACGGCCGGCAGGUGGAGUCGCGCGUGGUGCCGGCGUCGCAGGCGUCGCUGGCGCUGCCUCUGGGGGAGGCGUCCGGGGGCGGCGGCGCCGUCAGGUUCAGCGUGCGCGCCCUGCAGGCCGGCGGCGGCGAGCCCUCCCUGCUGCCCAACUGCAGCCUCUGUGACGGCGGCGAGCGCGCCGCGCUGCAGCCCUCCAACUGCAGUCUCUGCGACAGCUUCCGCACGCCGCCGCUCGCGCUGGAGAGGAGCGUGUACACAUCAUACGUAUGGGCUGCAGUGGGCGUGGUGGCGAUGGCCUCCGCCAUCUUGCUGACGGGACGGUUCCUGUGGAGGAGAGGCGCCCACAACUACCCCGCCAACAAGCAGGGGAAGGCCGCCACGACGGUGCUGCUGGUGUACAGGCACGCGAGCGACGGCCACGUGGCCGUGGUGCGCCAGCUGGCCGCCUUCCUGCGAGUCGCGGGCGGCUUCCACGUGCUGCUCGACGAGGAGGACAUUCCGCGCUGCGCGGACAAGAAUCCUCUGGCGUGGUAUGCGGAGCAGAUGCAGCGCGCCGACGUGGUGCUGGUGGUGGCGUCGCCAGAGCCGCUGCCGACCACCGCCCCCGCCUCCGCCCCCGCGGCUGGCGUGUACGGCGGCGCGGCGGCGGCGGCCGAGGCGCUGGUGGGGGUGCGGCUGGAGCGCGGCCGGCGCUGCGAGGCACUGGCGCUGCCCGGCCGCCCCCACCUGCCGCCCCCGGCGCGCGCCCUCCGCCUGCUGCGCGCUCGCCGCCCCUCGGACCUGCGCCGCCUGGUGCUCCGCCUCCACCCCGGGGGCGGCCUCGGGCCGGCGGUGCGUUCCGCCGCCAGCCGGACCGCGGCGCUGGCGCUGCUGCGGAUAGCCCACGAGACUGUGGAGGACUCCCCUCCGCAACAGGCGAAUCCGGGAGUGGCUAUCGACGUCUCGUCCAGCGACUUGCCGGAAGAACAUGAGCCAGUAUACGCCAGUGAGUCUUCAGUACCCCCGACCGUGCGGCAGCAGGCUCUGCCCACCGUCGCGGUGAGCACCCUCGUGGACCUGCAGAAGAUGAACCUCCUGGGUCCGGACCUUUCUGAGGAAGACACGGAAGAGGAAGAAGGCGACGGUAGCGCCAUAGGGACAGAUGCGUCCGGGUCGACAAGUGGUGUGGACCCAGACAGCAUAAGCCUGCAGCUGUGAAUCGCGACACAACGCGAUGCAGCUCUACCCGACUCUCACGUUCCUCCUUGUCUAGUCCUCAACGUACCUCCAGUCAGAAGCUUUACGCCUUAUGUGAUGUUUUUGUUUUGUUUGUGAAAUGUAAUUUAUUCUACAGGUUUUGAACAAUACAGCGCAGUUAACACUUCACCGUCCUACUGCUCAUUUAACUUCUUGUGUUAUGCAUAUGGAACCUUCCUAGCAAUUUGGAUGUGAAUAUGGUAUCUUAUCAUACAGAGUGUAAAAAAAAAAACACUGCGUAUACAAAAUUUUAGAGUGUUUAGAAUGUAAUCUACCCCUCCCUCACAUCAUUUGUUGAUUGUUACUGUCUUUAGGGUUAACUCUUUUACGAGAGGAGUAAGAUUUACAAUAAACUUUUUACUUGUCUUCUUUUCUCGUAGUUGGCUCCAAUUCUUCAUGUCUAGAGGCUGAUUCUUGAAAUUGAAAUUUUCGUGUUUAGGAUCCCAUGUUUCCGAUUGACGUAAUUAACUCUGAAGUAAUGCUUUCACUGUAUUUUUUCUUUUCAUGAAUAUUUUAUUCUCUCACAUUUUUCUGUAUCACACCGUCUUUUGAAUUUUUACAUUAACAAAGCCGAAAUUACAUUAUUAUUCCAAACUACGUAAAUACGUCCGGUCACAUCAGAGGCAUGCCCACUACUACCUCACUCUGCGGUAAUAACAAUAUUCCAAAGGGUUUGCAAAUUUUCUUGACAAAUGAACUUCUUUUAAUUUACAAAUGAAUCCAGAAAUAAACAAUAAACAGUACUGAUUUUUUGUAAUUCAUAAUAGAAAUUUUAAG